UUGGUGUUGAAACAAAAGGGCAAAAAACUAUUGAAAUGUUAACACUGAAUGGAAUAAACAGCUGAUUGCAUAUCGCCGGUCAACCAGGUAUAUUUUUGAGGAAAUCCUUUAAAGAAAUGACGUCACUGAGGUUGCUUACCCGACUUGCGCAACAGCAUCAGCGCCUACAGCUGGUAGUUCUGGGCGCAGCCAAGACAAGAUCGAGGUCUUUGCUAAACUUGCCCGGCACAAUACAGUGCAUGUCACUAGCACCAUUCGUAAGCAGUCGCCAUUCAUUUAGUACAAAGAAAUCGCCGGAUUUAGCAGGCAAAACCGACACAAAAUCAUCUCCCGUUCUAGCAGAUGAAGACAUUUUUGGUGAAGCCUCUAAGCUUGGCCUAUUUGCCAAAUUCAAAUUGAUGUAUAAAAAAUAUUGGUAUGUGCUUAUACCUGUUCAUGUUGUAACAUCAAUCGGUUGGUUUGGAGGUUUCUAUUAUUUGUCCAAAAGUGGCGUGGAUAUCCCCUUACUGUUACAACAUUUACAUGUUAGCGAGAGCAUCGUGGAACGUUUCCAAAACUCGAGCAUGGGCCAUUAUGCUAUUGCUUAUCUCUGCUAUAAAGUAGCGACCCCUCUACGUUAUGCAGUCACUUUAGGUGGUACAACGGUAUCCAUAAAAUACCUCGUCCAAGCUGGCCAUAUUAAACCAAUGCCCAGUAAACGAGAAUUAAUGCAGUUGUAUGAAAAAAAUAAGGCAGAACGUGCAGCAGCCAAACUAGAAGACGUGAAUACAACACAAAAGACUAAAGAAAAGCAAUGAUUCGAACUGAAAAAUUAUGAAGUCAUACAGUAAGAUACAUGUUUAAAGCGAAUUUAAAAUUCGAUCUUUGAGAUCUUGUGUUUUGUUAUGAAGAUUGAAAAGAGUAAAUGAUGAGCAUUCUUUAUUUUAUCUUA